UAUAGUGUCAAGAAAGUUAUCCAAAAUCAGGGAUGGCAAACAAUACUGAGAUUGUUCCACUAGAUCAUCAAAUUGCACUACCUGAUCAAAAUUCUCUAAGAGAAGCUACAAAAGAUGAGAUACAAGAAGGAAGGAAAGUGGACCAUUUAAUCGAGAUAAAGGAAACAAGUGGUCAAGAUCAACUGGCGUUACAAACUAAAAAAUCUGCAAAUCAAAUCUUUGAUGAAAGAUUUAAGGAUUUGGACAAUACAUCUAUCAAAUCCACUACAAUAUUCAAAGUAAAUAUGGGGCUACGAAAAUCAAAUCCAGAUGCUUAUACACCAUUGUUGAUCUGCAUUGGUCCUUACCAUAAAAAGAAUCCUGAACUCGACACCAUGGAAAAGUACAAACUGUUGUACCUACAACGGUUUCUCCAACGGAAAGAAGGGAUUGAUGUGGAAAGUUGCAUUAGUGAAAUUGAGAAACUAAAAGAUGAAGCACUAAAGUGUUAUGAUGAUAACCUUGACAGUGAUAGUGUUGUCAAAUUUUCACAAAUGAUGUUGCUUGAUGGUUGUUUUGUGGUUGAGUUUAUUCGAGAGCGUUGUGAAGUUGAGCCAAGAGAAGAAUCAAACCAAAUUAUCAACUUGGAAUGGAUGAUAAAUCAAGUAUGUCGAGACAUGGUGUUACUAGAAAACCAACUGCCUUUCUUUGUUCUCACCAUGCUAUAUGACACGACAAAGCAACCUACAGAACAAAGCUUCUUGAAUAUGGCGAGAAGGGCAUUACUUGAUAUUUUCCCAAAAGUGACAUUUAAACCCACAUCAGAAAUCGACGAUUUUAAUGCAGAAGGAAUCGACCAUUUACUAGAUGCAGUACACAUGUUUUGUCGCCCAUCACAUGAUCAGAAAACUAGAGAAAGCAAGAAUGCUAGCAGCAGGGGAAACGAAUGUUGCAAGAUAAGUUUCUGCGGGAACAUUUUGCAAUUAACCAGGUCAAAAGAAAUACCCAAUGUCCUUGAUUUAUGGGAUUGCUAUCAUAUUCCAAGUGUAACAGAGCUUUAUGAUGCUGGAGUUAGCUUCAAAAAAAUAGGAACAGUGGAUGAAGAUUAUAAGGAUAAAACAACCUUAUUCGAUAUCAAGUUCAAAAAGGGGAUAAUGAAAAUCCCCUGUUUCACAAUCGAGGAUACUAUGGAAACCUUCAUGCGAAAUUUAAUAGCUUAUGAGCAACACUGUUCUGAUGUAUAUCCUUAUUUUUCGAAUUAUGCUCAUAUAAUGACUCAACUUAUUGGCUCACAUAGAGAUGUUAAUCUCCUUCGCCAAAAUAAAAUCAUCCUUAAAGAUCNAUCCUAA